AUGCAAUAUAUGCAGCAGAUACCUGCACUCAAGGCAGAGAUUGAGAAUAUGAAACAGAAAAUCUCAACGUGCAAGUGUGACUCGGAGAACAAUUUCAAGGAGCUAGACAAGAAGCUGAAGCAGCAUGAGGGUGGAAGGGUUUCAAACCGUGUUUUCUAUCUACCGAUCCCUCCAAAUAUAUCUGAGCUUUUGAAAUGGCUUGAAUUGGGUUAUGUUCUGUUCAAUGCAUCUGUCUUGUUCAGGUACUUCUACAGUUAUGGUAUUAUAAGAGACAUUAUGCAGAGCCAUCUGCUUCAAAUACUAGCCCUUUCCGCCAUGGAGACUCCUGUCAGUUUGGAUGCUGAAGACAUCAGAAAUGGAAAGGUAAAAGUUCUACGCCCAAUGAGGCCUUUGCAACUUGACAACGUGGUGGUUGGACAGUAUAAGAGUUGCACUAAAGGGGGGAUUAACUAUCCAGGCUACACAGAUGACGAGACAGUACCUAAAAAUAGCAUAACCCCAGCAUUUGCAGCAGCUGCACUCUUUAUAGAUAAUGCCAGAUGGGAUGGAGUUCCCUUUUUAAUGAAAGCUAGGAAAGCCUUACACACUAGAAGGUUUCGUUCUAUUCAGUUUAACUUCAACAAUACAGAGUCUGAAGUGGUUGUCCUUCCCACCGAACAAGAUUUAUUGGAUUCUGAAUCCACUGUUUGGAUACCUCCUCCAAUAAACAAGUACAAAAGUAAAUUUUGAUGGAGCUGCAGGUCCAAAAUGCUUUGCCUGUGCGGCUAUUGCGAGAGAUUCAAACUCCGGAUUUCAAGGGUGCCAGACUAGAGAAUUUGAGUUUUCCACUUCUAUUGAGGCUGAAGCUCACGGCGCCCUCUUGGGAAUUGAUAUGGCAAUGAACAGAGGGCUGCAAGGGAGACUCACUCAUUGUUAUCAACAUUCUCAAGUUCAAGAAUGCUGCAAUCCCCUGGCACAUCAAAGAUACAAUCUCAAGGCUUAGGAACUGCCUGCCAUUUUUCUGCUCCAUCGAAUUCAACUUCAUCAACAGAGAUGCCAAUAUAGUGGCUCACACUUUAGCAGCUUAUGCUAUUUCUAACCACGAUUCUAAUCAGUGGAUUAGUACCCCUCCUCCUUGUAUCACUCAUCUGUUGGAUGAGCCUUCUGUGUCUUUGUAGUUUUUUGUUUUUUUUUCUGUUUCUUUCCUUUCAAAAAGAAAAAGAACGAAAAGAGAAUGCUCUACAUGGGUGGGAAUGGUAGGAAAUUUGUUUAGCCUUUCUCUCUCUCUUUUGUAGCAGGUCCAACAAAGGGUACUUGCUUGGAUGAUAUG